AUGCUGCGCUACGUCUCGAAGCGAACGAUGCGAUGGACCGCGCCGUGCGGCCUCGGCGCAUGCCUCCCGACGUCGCUGACGCUGCCGGCGCCGUGGAGCGCGCGCUUCAAGUCGUCGUCGGCGUGCAUCGCGGACGAGUUUCCGGACCACCCGGUGCUCAACUCGUGCGUGUUUGACUUUCCGUUUGAUGGCGCCGAGUACAACCUGAGCAACGGCCGUCACAAGUACAACCGACGCGUGGCCGACUGGGCGACGGAGAAGAUCAACAUCUCGAUGGGCGCGCAGAACCGCGUCGACCACGAGCACAUGGCGCAGCUCAUUGCGCUCCUCUCGGUGCGCAACUACUACCAGGAAGCCAUCGAGGUGCUGCAGUUUGCGCGCAACAACGGCGCCAAGCCGCACAUCUCGGCGUACUCGCAAGUCAUUGCGUCCUGCUAUGCGCAUCAGCGCUACGACGAGGCGCUCCAAGUAUUUGACGUCAUGCGCCGCGACGGCUACCGCCCGAGCUUUGUGACGUACUCGCGCGCGCUCUCGGCCGCGUCCAAGGCCGAGUACCACGACAUGACACUCAACCUCUUUGACGACCUCUUCAACGACUGCGACAAACUCACGUUCGACUCGAUCAGCAUUGCGUGCAACAUCGUCUUGCACUCGUGCGGCAAGCACGAAGACUACAAGACGGCCACCGACAUUUGGCAGCAGAUGACGGACGAAAACAUCCCGAAGAGCACGUCGACGUACACGGCGUUCCUGCUCUGCGCCAUCAAUUGCAAGCAAUGGGACGGCUUUUACGCGAUCUUGGACGAGGCGACCACGACCGGCGUCGAGCUCUACAGCCAGUCGUACCUCUCCAUGAUCCAGUCGUGCGCGCGGGCCAAGCGCUGGGAACUCGUCGUGCACAUUCACCACAAGCUCGUGAGCCAAAACUUGCAGCUCUCGGGCAUCGCGAUCGGCGCCGUGCUCAUGGCGUACACCAAGCAAGGCGCGCCCGAGCGCAGCAUCGAGAUCUACAACCAAGUGCUGGCCCAAGGCGCCCACUUGAACACAUAUGCAGUCUCGGGGGCCGUCACAGCCUACUUGCAUCUCGGCGAGUACGACAAGGCGAUCGCGCUCUGCGACAAGUGGCCGGCCGCCGGUAUGCUCUACAAGCUCAAGGUGCAGCUCCUCAUUGCGACCGGCUCGAUUGACGAUGCGCUCGAGCUCCUGGAUGCGAAGAAGCACCUCAUGGACCGGACCGCGAGCUGCUACCGGCCGCUCAUUGCGUACUUUCUCGAGAAGCGCAUGUACGACCAGGCCGUGCACUACUCGCUCGUGCUCUUUGAGACCAACCGGUUUGUGGCCGUGGCCGACUGGACAGCUGCGCUCUCGGCGGCGAUCGCGCUGCCGGACAAGUCGCAUUAUUGGACGUUGCGCAACUGGAUCGAGACGCGUGCGCCCGACUACGUGCCGCAGAUCCCGGACGAGCUCCUCCUCGAGCGGCGCCCGCGCGAGGCAGCAGCCACGCCGCUCAAGCUUCUCUCGCCGCGGCGGCCGCUCAAGCUCUUGUAA